CCANCGUUGGAUGAGUUGGAUGAUGACGAGGAAGCUGUUUGGGAUCAAGAGGAUUAUGAGAUUUCCUACAGGCACGAAGAGAAUGCUGGGGAGAUAGUUUUGAGUCAGUCUAGGGUUGUGGACGGGUCGGUGAGGAAGAAGGACAGUGCUAGGAAGGCACAGAGGAAGAAUAAAGAGGAGAGGAUGAAGAUGGCUGAGAUUGAGAGGAAGGAGGAGCUGAAGCGGCUUAAGAAUGUUAAGAAGAAGGAGAUGAAGGAGAAGAUGAAGAAAGUGCUUUCUGUUGCUGGUUUUAAAGAUGGAGAAGAAUGUCCUCUUGAUGCUAAAGAUUUUGAUGAUGAGUUUGAUCCGGAGGAGUAUGAUAAGAUGAUGAAAGCUGCCUUUGAUGACAACUAUUAUGGUGCGGAGGAUUCAGAUUUGAACAGUGACGAGGAUGAUGAUGGGGAGAAACCAGAUUUUGAUAAGGAAGAUGACUUGCUUGGACUUCCCAAAGAUUGGGAUGUGAUUCAGGGUGGGGAUGGUUUUGUAGCCGCUAGAGAAAAGGUUCUGAAGCAAAAGGAGAAGGUUAUUGAUGAUGAUGAAGAAGAAGAAGUAGAAGUAGAGGAGGAGGAGGUAGAGGAGGAGAAGGAGGCAGAUGGUAAGAGGAAGAGAAAGCGGAAAACGUCUCUAGUACAAAGAGCCAAAGAAGCUUUGAUGGAGGAGUACUACAAGCUAGACUAUGAGGAUACAAUUGGGGAUUUGAAAACAAGGUUUAAGUAUGCGAAAGUACAACCUAACAGUUAUGAACUGGGGACAGAAGAGAUACUCACCUUGGAUGACACAGAUCUGAACCAGUAUGUACCAUUGAAGAAGAUGGCUCCUUAUGUGGAAAAGGAUUGGGAGGUGAACAAACAUAAGGUCAAGGAGCAGAAACUUAAGAUCCAGCAGUUGUGGGAGGGUAAACACAAUGAGAAGAGAAGCAAGAAGAGGAAGAAGAAUGAGGUUGCUGAAACGAAACAGGUUGCUGAGACGAAACCAACACAGAAAGCAGAUGAGGAAGGCGAGGCUGAGACGAAGCUAUCGAGAAAGGCGAAGAGAAGAAGGCUCAAAGCAGAGAAGAAGCUUCCUCCUAACAGAAUGGUUGCUUAUGGGAAGGAAUAAUGAAAAUGAAAACUGAUGAUGCAGCAUCUCUUUUCGUUUUAAGUUUUGUGCUUAUAUUUAUUUACAUUUUCGAGUGUUUGUUCGAAUUUACCCUUUUUAUCUCUCAAGUUAGUGAGAUCUUAAGAAAAUUUUAGCUUUAUCGUUUCCUACUAAGAGGUUAAGAGGUGUAGACUCUGUAAGUUUAGUUUCAAUGUUCGUCAGUUCUGUUC